AGGUUCCCCGCCCACGUGUGGUGACGUCACGACCCAUCUAAAGUUUACUUCACCUACAGGCAGGUGGCCUCUCGUCGGGUUCAGUGCAGGUCGGCUCUUCUGCAGCGCAGCGCAGCAGUCUGCGGGAUGGCGUUGAUAGAAGCGUUCGCGAGCGUCCAGCUGCACGUGUGGUUCGCUGCGCUGUGUCUGGUCGCUGUGGUUUAUAAAGUGGCGAUGCUGCUGGAGAAACGACGGGUGUCACUGCGGAACAUGGACGCUUUUCCAGGCCCGCCGCCGCACUGGCUGGCUGGGAACGUUUUAGAGUUUAAACAAGAUGGGACAGAUUUAGACAGGUUUGUGGAAUUAGGAAAACAGUACCCUUAUGCUUUCCCAAUUUGGUUCGGUCCAUUUGCUUGUUUCCUUCAUAUUCACCAUCCAGAUUAUGUGAAAACUUUACUGUCAUCAACAGCACCAAAAGAUGAAUAUGCUUAUAAGUUUAUCGAGUCUUGGAUUGGGGAAGGUUUGUUGGUGUCAAAUGGUCAGAGGUGGUAUCGGCACAGAAGGCUCCUGACGCCGGCUUUCCAUUAUGAUAUUCUCAAACCUUACGUAAAACUGAUGUCGGACUCUACUAAAACUAUGUUGGACAAAUGGGAACGUUACGCAAAAACGGGAGAGUCCUUUGAAUUGUUUCAACAAGUGAGCCUCAUGACACUCGACAGCAUCAUGAAAUGCGCAUUCAGCUACGACAGUAACUGCCAGACUGAUAAUGGAACAAAUACAUACAUCAAAGCAGUGUAUGAGCUCAGUGAUCUGAUUAACCUUCGGUUCAGGACCUUUCCGUAUCACAAUGACCUCAUUUUCGCACUCAGCCCACAUGGCUUCAAACAUCGUAAAGUAUGCAGGGUGGCCCACAGCCAUACAGCGGAAGUUAUACGAAAGAGAAAGGAAACAUUGAAGACAGUGAAGCAAAUGGAACAAGUCAAAGCCAAGAGGAGAAAUUUGGACUUCCUGGAUAUCCUUCUCUUCGCAAAGGAUGAGAAUCAACAGGGUCUGUCAGAUGAAGAUUUACGAGCAGAAGUGGACACCUUCAUGUUUGAAGGCCAUGACACCACGGCCAGUGGCAUGUCUUUCAUUCUCUACAGUCUGGCCUGCCACCCAGAACACCAGAGGAUUUGCAGGAAUGAGAUCAUGGAGGUUCUGGAUGGGAAGGACACAAUGGACUGGAAAGAUCUGAACAAAAUCCCGUACACUACAAUGUGCAUCAAAGAGUCCCUCCGUCUUUACCCUCCUGCGCCCAUAAUAUUCCGAACAAUCACCAAGCCCAUGACAUUUGUUGAUGGACGGUCUCUGCCUGAAGGUUCUCAUUUUUGUGUAAGUGUGUAUGGGAUUCACAGGAAUGCAACUGUCUGGGAAAACCCUAAUGUAUUUGAUCCAUUGCGUUUCCUACCCGAAAAUGUCUCCAAGAGGUCCCCUCACGCAUUUGUGCCUUUCUCAGUUGGACCAAGAAAUUGCAUUGGUCAGAACUUUGCCAUGAAUGAGAUGAAAAUAGCGACCGCCCUGACACUGAAGAAGUAUGAGCUGAUAGAAGACCCCACUAGGAAACCAAAGAUAAUUCCUAAAGUUUUGCUGCACUCAAUCAAUGGUAUCCACAUUAAGAUAAAACCUAUUGAGCCUUAAUGUAAAGACCUGGUUCAUGCUCUGAGAUUUCAUGCUAAACUGAGUUUUAUGUAGUUUGUUAAAUCAUUUAUGAUUUUAUGAUAUGAUGAUUUUUGAUAUAUUUCAAAGUUAUUUGCUGAAAAAGUAAAAAAAAAGUGGUUCAUGUAUUUUCAAAUCUUACUUCUUAUGUUAAUGCGGAGACACAAACAAAGGUUGUUUAUUACUAUAAUGUGCUAUAAUACAGUAAAUCUUGCAGUGACAAAUAAUAAUAUGAUACGUUGUUUGUGAUACAAAAAAUAUUAUUUUUAAAAAAAUAUAUUUUUCCUAGUGAAUUAACUUUUUUAAACUAAUGUAAUCUCGUUCUGUUACAGUUUUUCUUUUAAAAAGACAUUUAACUGUGUGUUUGCAAUUUAUGCUGCUGAAUUGUAUUGCUUUAAAACGACUUUGUCCAUCGCAUUUAAAUUAACGAAAAUUAUAUAAAAUUACAUUUUUAUUAAACGAAUGUCACCACGUCCUGGCUC